UUGCUGUGACGAGAUUAGUUAAUAUUUAUGUAAAUUGAGGGAAAAGACGUUGCCUUCGUGUACCCUUAUCUGCGUAGGCAGUUGUAAAACAAAGCCAGGUGGUAAAUGCAAAUAAAUUUUAAUCGCUAUUCAAAUCCCUCAUAUUUGGUAUCGGAUGCAACCGUGGGACCUAUCGAAACGGCGAAAGUUUUCUAUGACGAUGAGAAGUCGAAUUUUUGGAUUUUUCGCGUGACAAGUUCGUUGUGAAAAAAACCAAGCAGAAGCUUAACAAUUUAUUUAAGACCUUCGCAAGCGAUUGGCAACGAAAAACGCUACGCUGGCGGGUGCGGGCGCUGCGAUUUGGGUGUGAAAAGUCAAAAAAUCAAUUGCCUCUCGGUCGUUUCUCAAUUUUCAAUUCAUUCUCUGCGUGUGCAAAAAGCUGAAAAAAAUAGACCCACACUCACUCAUACCGAAAGAAAACGUAAAGAAAAGAAAAGAAGCAGCAGAAACAGAAGCAGAAAGGAAACAUAAGCAGCAAAGAAACAAAAAAUAGCAACGAAGAAGGAGGCGACAAGGCAACGUAGAAGUUGAAGAAAAUGUGCAGGAGCAGGGGCGGAGGAGCAGGAGCCGUAUCCGUAUCCGAAUCCCAAUCCGAAUCCAAAGCAGUUGCCGCAGCAGUAUAAAUAAAUAAGAGUGCAGAAUCGAGUUUCGGGGCAGCAGCAAGCAAGAGGAUAUGUGUACAUGAACGGAGAUGCAGUCAAGAUCCAGCCGCCGGUCUACACCAAUGUUCCUGUCGAGACGGCGAUGCUAGCCACCAAUCUGUUCGGCGCCACCACACAGAUCGCAGCCCCAGCAGCAGCCGCCGCAGCCCACAUACCGUUGAUAACCGCAGCCGCCGCAGCAGCAGCAGCUGCCGCACCACCCGUAGCUCCCGUCGCAGCAGUGGCCGCCGCAGCAGCAGCAGUUCAGCCCGCUCAACAGCAGCAGCCGCCGCCGCAUCCCCACCAGCAGCAGCAGCAGCCGCAUCUUCACCAACAGCAGCAGGUGCAGGUGCAGCACCUUGCCUCGCACGUCGCCCACCAACAGCAGCAGUCGCUCCAACAGCAGCAGACACUCCAGCAGCACCUACAGCAGCAGCCAUCGCCGCAUCCCGCCCAGCAUCUGCAAUACGGCCUUCAGCCGGCGCCUCCACAGGCCCAGGGCGUGGUUAGCACUGCCGGAGGAGCGGGAGGAGGAGGAGGAGCAGCAUCACUUGCUAUCGGAGUCGGUGGCGAGGCCAACGACAAUACCGAAUACGCCAUCAUGAAUGGAGCACUCGCCCAGACCCAGGAUGGCACUGUCGUCUACGCAGACGCCUUCGUACCUGGUGUUAACAACACGAAUUUAGUUGCCCUUGAGCCGCAGCAGCAGCACAUUGUAUUGCCGGUCCAGGUUCCUGUCCAAGUACCCGUGCAGCUACCCGUAACGCUGCCAGCGAAUGGCACGGCCGAUCAACUGCAGCAGCAGCAGCAGGGUGCCACUGGCGAGGAUCCUAACAUACCGCUGGAUAAGCUUAAGCAGAUGCUGGCCACACAGCUCGAGUAUUACUUCUCCAGAGAGAACUUGGCCAACGAUACUUACUUGCUGUCGCAGAUGGACGGUGACCAGUAUGUGCCCAUUUGGACAGUGGCAAGAUUCAAUAUGGUUAAGAAACUAACCAACGACAUCAAGCUCAUCACCGAGGUGCUGCGGGAAUCACCCAACGUUCAGGUGGACGAGCAGGGCCUGCGCGUGCGUCCCAAUCACAAGCGUUGCAUCAUCAUUCUGCGCGAGAUAUCGGACAGCACGCCCGUCGAUGAAGUCAAGGCUCUGUUUAACAACGAGACCUGCCCAGAGCCCAUCUCCUGCGAAUUUGCCGCCAACAGCUCGUGGUACAUCACCUUUGAGACUGAUGACGCUGCGCAGAAGGCGUUCAAGUACCUGCGCGAAGAGAUUAAGGAGUUCCACGGCAAGCCGAUAAUGGCGCGUAUAAAGCCCAAGUCGUUUAUAAAUCGCAUUCAAGCUGUACCAAAUAUGAAGAACGGUUACCGUCUCACAUCGCCGCCCACUGCCCCGGCUGUAUUUGAUCCAUCCGGAGCUGGUGCUGCCGCCGUUAGCUAUGCUGCCACGCCGCAGCGCUAUAUGUAUGCAAACGGGGCAACCAUUGCGGCUCCCACCUCAGUUCCGUACAGCAAUCCCGUACUGAUUCCGAUUUCCCAGAAUCAAUUCUAUUCCAGCUUGGUGGCUGGUCCUUGGCCGCCAGGAACUAUGGCCACCACUGCCCCCCAUGGCCAGAAUUUCUAUGAGAUUGGCGGCAAUAUCUUUGCCACUGCCAAUCCCUUGACUUCGCAAGCUGUUGCCGCCAGCUUCACACCGGCUCCGCCGCCACCCACCGCACAAACCAUGGUCACGUCCAAGCCGCAGGGCGGCGGUGGACGCUAUAACAAUAAUCACCGCGGCGGCGGCGGCAAUCCCAACAAUGUCGGCGCCGGUGCUAAUUCGGGACCACGCAGCGAGUCGAGGGGCAAACCGCCGCGCAACUCACAGCAAACGCAGUCGCACAUCCAAGGCGGCAGCAUUGUGCCCAUCCAAAUAGCGGGAGCCAUUCCCGGUGGUAUGGUGAGCGUGGUUCCCGCGAACAUAGUUCAGCAGGAUCCGUUGCAGCAGGCAUCGUUGCAGCAGCAGCAGCAACAGCCGCAGCAGCAAGUGAUUCAGCUCCAACAACAACAGCAGCAGCCCACAAGCUCGUCUCAACAGCCGACGCAGGUCCAGGUGAACAGUUCCACCCGCCACUAUCCCAUCAAGAGCAAUUGGAAGGGCGGCAUGCAAAAGAACCUAGAUAAGGGCUAUGGUGGCGGGGUGACCACUCACCAUCAUUACGCCCAGGUGCAGGUUCUGCCCGCUCACGGCCAUCAUCUGCAGGGUCAGCAACAGCAGCAGGGACAAUCGCAGCAGCAACACUAUCAUUUGCCUUCCUCUGGCGCUGCCAGCGCCCCGCAAGUUACCUAUGUGUCCACAGCUCCAGCUCAGCACCACUUGGUGGUGCAGCAGCAGCAGCAGCAAACCCAACCACAGCAGCAGCAGGCUCAGGAUUUGCAGCAACAGCAGGAGACCGGAGACGGCGGCGCCGUGGUGGAGCAUGGCUCAAAUGCCAUGCAGCAGGUGAAUCGUAGCAGCAACAUGUCGGCGAGUUCCUCCUCAUCGCUGGCCACUACGAUUAGCAAGGAGCCGCUGCAGUGGCAAAACCGAACACGUCGUCGUCGCCGCGAUGAGGAAGGCGGUGGUCUCAACUAUUCCCCAGGCGGGCGAGUUGGGCUCUACGGCAGUUCUCCCUCAAAUCCACACCAGCAGCAUCUUCUAGCCUCAUCCACCGCCAGCAAUGUACAGUCGUCGGGAGGCACUGAUGGUGGUGGUGGUGGCGGCGGCGGAGGCGGAGGAGGGGGAGCCUCCCAUCGGGAGCGCCAGAGCCAUUACAAUACCAUCCACGACGUCCCACCGCCCCAGCACCGUGGCAACUAUAAGGGCAACAACUAUAAUCCUCACUAUCACGCCCAGCAGCACUCUUCGUCGAUGGCCAGUGGCGGCUCGCAUCAUCAUCAUCACCACAGUACGCUUUCCUCGCAGCAACAGCAGCAGCACCACCUUACCUCCUCCGGUGCUGCUGGACAGCAGCAGGGCUCUGGCCAUUAUCAUCACCAUCACCAUCAUCAUCACAACUCGAUUGGCAGCAAUGUGGGCAACAGCGGUGGCUUGGGCGUUAGCAGCAGCGGCGGUGGAGGUGGCGGCGCCGGCGGUGGCAGUGGUUCUGGAGGCGGUGGAUCGGGUGGCGGCGGCGGCGGCGGAGGAUCUGGCAGCAACAGCCUAUCCGGUGGAAGCAAUGAUCGUGGCGGCCUUCAUCAUAGCUCUUUGGGUUAUCAAGGCCACCAGCAUCAGCACCAGCAUCAGACGCAGCAACAGCAACAACUGCAACAGCAGCAACAACAGCAACAGCCAUCAGCUCCUGUCCAGCCGCCGCAGUUUGAUCUGGAGGCUUCCGCCUUUCCACCACUGCCAGCCACAUCGGCCAACGCACCGCAUACACCUCAGGCCACCAACAGCGCCUCCCUGCAUAACUCGACCACAUCGUCCUCCUCGUCAACAGGUCUAGGCCAAAAGCAGUCGCACCAGCAGCAGCAGCAGCAGCAACAGCACCAUCAGCAGCAACAGCAGCUGAGCAGCAGUGUGGAGAGCGGCGUUGGCGAGGAACAGCAGCCGCAGCGCUCCAGCAAUCACCAGGGUAUGGAGAACAGUAGUGCUCAACUGGUCAGUACUUCUUCGGCAAAUAACUGGUCUGAGAAUCGCUUGUCGGAUGUGGUGCGCACUGGCGGCAGCGUCGGCGUCGGCAUCAGCGUUGGCAAGGGCAAGGCGCGCAAGGAUAACAGGCACCACCAGAUGCAGAACCAAAAUCAGCCUCCGCACUUGACCCACAACUAUCAGCAGCGUAAUCCACCUGUCAGCCCCACGCCCGCCCUGGGCACAGAGUAUGCGCUGCAGCUCCAGGAGGGAGCCAAUACGAAGAACGUUACCAAGCACAGCUCGAGUAACAACAAUUCGAUCCAUGUGAUAAAGUGUCUAACACCAAAUAUCAAUGCCAGCGGCAAGGAGGAGGUGGCCGCCGGAGCCCAACAGCAACCGCCGCCGCCGCAGCAGCAGCAGCAGCAGCUGGACAAAUCAAACAAGACUGAGGAUGAAGUGCAUCCAAAGCAGCAGCAGAGACUGGUCGAAGGCUACGUCCAGCAGCAGCAGCCAUUGCCGUCGGUGCUGGCUGGACACAACGAGUACUCCGCGGGCGCUGGCGCCUGCACCGUGGUGGAGAGUGGUCUGACCACAACCCUUGCCGAGUGCUGCCUCGGCCAGCAUAAGAAGCCGCCCGCUGUGGCCGCUCUGCAUGCCAAAAAGGAGGCGAAUCUGUUGGCAAAUAGUGCCAAACACAAAAGCGUGGCCACUUCAACGUCCACGGAAAAUCUAUCGGCUGCCGCCACAGCCAGCAAAUUGAGCUAUGCUCAAGUGGCCCAAGUUCACAAGGCCGCCGCCGCCGCCUCCGGUGAUGGCAAGGAAACUGGUUCAGGCGGAUCCACUGGCACCCUAUCGCCCACCGGUAGCCACAAGAUGGAUCUAAUCUUUGGCGAUCCCGCUUCUGUUGUGGCGGCGGUUGAAAAGAGCGGUCUGGCCGCCGUAACAGUGGUGGCUUCAGUUGAAAAACGUGCUGCAGGCGGCGCCUCGCCAGCUGGCAAAGCCAGUAGUGGAGGUGCCAAUGCCGUUGUUGUUGGUGUCUCUUCCAAAGAGAAAGAUAAUCGUCCCAAUGCCUCAGUGCGCCAGCAGAGCAAGGAGAAGCCACAGCAGCAGCAGCAGCAACAUUAUGGCUCUGGAAUAGAGCACAACAAUACCAAUGCCAAUGUCGGCUCAGGGACUGGCGGCAACCGCAAGUCCAGGGCCAGCAACAACAACAACAACAGCUCUUAAGGAGGGAGUCAAAGGAGAAAACGAAACGAAAAAAAAUAAAAAAACAAAAGGAACCGCGUUGCCAAAAGCAAGGAGGCAACUCUUGACAGAUACCCCUUAGCAGGGAAGAUGCAUCUCCGUGUGCGCCUGUUGUACAUAAAUGAAAUUCCAUGUGUAAAUAUCGAGCGAGAUCAUUUUUUGUUAUUAUAUAUCAAUAAGUGCUAUAUAUAGAUAUUUACAAGCUAACUAAGGAGGCAUACAAAAGCUGUGGCCGUUGCGAGAGAGUGAGGGGAUAGAGAAAUAACGAAGCAGUGGGCUAUGCUUGGACCAGUUAUCAUAAUUAGUAGGCAAGGACGAGGAUGAUGAAUGAAUGGUGCACACCCCUUCUGCAGCUAUAUAUACGUAUAUGCCAAUGUGUGUAUAUAAACAUAUAUAUAUAUAAUCAGUUACCAGUUAAUGUUAAUCUCUAAGCUAAUGUUACCUAAACUCAAAAGGGUAAUGCAAACGAAGCAGAAGAGCAGUAGAGGAGCUACGACGAUGGCGAGACGAGAGAUGAAUAUAUAUAGUAUAUAUAUAAUAUAUAUAUAUAUGCCUAAGCUAUCUUUACGAUUACAGAGUGAAUAGUUUCUAAGUUUUCUGAGCAUAGUUAGCCAAACUUGCAGCAUCGAACGACAAGACAAAACAAAACUAAACUAAAGUAAAGCAACAGGAGCAUAUAUUAGGUUUUAUUUGCUGAUCAAUGAACAAACUCACGUUGAUUUUAUGUUAUAUAUUAUCUACGUUUAGGUAUAUCCAUAAUUUCUCAUCAUUUUUCGCCACAGAUUCGAGUGCGUAGCGUGUAUAUGUUAUCUAUAUACUUGGCUAUGUCUCCUCAGCUAGUCCCUAUUAUUUAGAUAUAUAUGUAAUAUAUAUAUACGAUUGUUUUGAAGCAUUAUUUGUAAACAUUUUAACGUCACUUGAUUGAGGGGAUACUCGUACUUAGUUAUUGACUUAAGGGAACCCUCAGACAAGCUAUAUUAUAUCUUCCUUCCCCACAUACACACAUACGACACACACGACUCCCCUUUUCUAUGGUAAAAUCCCAAGGGGCAGAUAAGUUUAUACAUUUUAAAAUUGCAUUUCUUUACAAAACUUAAAAACAAAAAAAGCAGACAUGAUGAAGGCAAUUUUCUCAGUUUGAUGGUUUCACACGACGUCUAUAUAUAUUUCAACACGAUAACGAAAUGAAUUAGGAAGAGUUGGGUGAGGAGAAGAAGAUGCAUUACUAAAAUACUAAACUUAAUCCUUGCAAAACCCGUAGCUCAGCAGCUCAGCUCAUAGGAAACGUAACUAAUGUUAAAUAUUCAACGAGAACGAUGACUCCUACAAGUAAUUUCUGUAAAUAGGACAAAGCUACAAUAUGUAUUUUACACUCACUCACACUCACACACCCAUACACUAUAAACAAAAAAGGUGCCAUAAACUACAUAAAAAAAAUUAAGAAACACGGAAAUUCUAUGAGAGGUUUAGGACAACACACAAAAAAUAGGCAUUUAAAAAGAAACAAAUUCUAUUUGGAAAAUAUGAUGCUGCUUCCCUUUUAGAUCCCUUUUCCCCCAAUUAUAAUUGAUGCUCACCGUAGAUAUAUAUGUAACAUUUUAAUUCUUGAUUUUAAUUUACGCACAAAAUAUGAUUUUUAGUGGAGUUUUGGUUUUUUUUAUUUUUAAUUUAUUUAAAAUUUAAAAAUUCAAAUUUAAAUUCAAAGAAAUGGAAGCAUGUAAAUUAAAUACUUGAAGCAUUACGGAAAAUAAGGAAUCAAUUGGCGACUAGAAAAAAGCAAAGGCAAAGAGAAGUAAUAAUCAGUAUAUUUAAGAGCGUACACGAUAUCUACAAAACACUACGUUUAGGGCAUAAGAAUUAAGUUUAGGUAUACACACACAUAUGGAUAUUCACAAACACACAUCUACACCCACACCCAAACCCCACCCACACACACCCACACAAACAUAACUUACAAUCAUUAUAUUUAAGUUCUUCAUCAAUUCCCUUUUAUUUGAGAACAAAAAAUGACUUUGAAAUCAUUUUCAUUUUAA